AUUAAAGUGAGCUUACACAAAGCCGUAAUUUUUAAAAGCAAUUUCACAAUAUUAUAACGAUGAUCAGCAUUUUUUUUGUAAAACUACAAUAAAAUUAUCGGUUUACUUCAGGAGAUUGCAGUGUUGAAGAGAAGAAGCCAUCAAUGUGGUGUUUGUUUUACUAACGUCUUUGUUUUCGAUUGUAAAUCGCUAACAUGGCUGAAAAGAAAAUUCAAGAAAAUCCUCUACCGGAGGAACAGAUUGAAACAAGUAUACCUCAAGACACUAACAUGAAACCAGCUGAUAAAUCUUCCCCACCACCUACAGUGGUGACACCACCUCGGGUCCCAUCAUUCACCAAGACAUCUCCAAAUGACAUGUACAGGAGACUGUUGCCGGCUGUUUUGUUUCUGCUGACAUUUGUCACCGUGAUGACCAUGUUGCUCAUUUACAUGGAUACUGUUGCCCUGGGCGCGCAGCAGUUCCGCCUGAACAUGUCGCGCGACUACGAGCUGGCGCGCAUCCCGCAGGAGUCGGCGCCGCUGGUGGCCUACGUGCGCCAGCUGCACCUGCAGCCGCGCGCGCCCGCGCACCCGCCGCCCUCCCCGCGCCCCACCCCGCGCGUGGCCGUGCUGGACCGGCUGCUCGGCGAGAUCUACAACGGCACGUUCGUGGAGUUCCUGCCGCAGGGCCCCCGCGACGGGUCCGCGCAGUUCCUGGAGGCGGCGCGGCGCUGGGACGGCGUGGUGGUGCGCGCCAAGGCCAAGGACUACCUGGCGCUGCGCGGCGCGGCGCGCGCGCUGCACGCCUGCCUCAGCCCCACGGACCACCCGAGGGAGGUGACGUACCACGAGUCGGACAGCCGCGAGUCGGCCUUCAGCUCGCGCGUGCUGUGCCUGCCGCUGUUCACGGUGCUGCUCGCCGCCGACGCCACGCGCGCGCACUACGUGCUGCUGGGCGGCGACAACGUCGUGCCCGCGCUGCAGCACGUGCCCUUCCAGAAGGUGCACUUGCAGGUUAUAGAGUACUUCUUCAAAGACAUAGCGUCAGUGAACGCGACGACGACUUUACUCGCGGCGCGCAACUACUCGGUCGCGGCCGUCUUCCCCGACAGCAUCAUGUACUCGCUCAAGCCGUGAGGGCCUCGCCUGGCUGUUGCUUCUUCGACACCUUUUCUUAUUUACAACAUCAACUAAGUGUAAUUUAACUGCCUGGCUAGGGACAAAUCUAGAGGAAAAAACGCGGCUGAAUUACGCGCCCGCAGGAGCUAAGUCAGUUCAAUAAAAACGUGUCAUUCGCCUGCGUCUUUACCUACAGAUUUGUGACUAGUUUCAACAGGUCCCUCCUGUUUGUUGGAAGCGAGUGAGAAAAUGUUCUCGACCAAUCGUUUUCUCGUAAUCUGCGGGGCAUGGGAGAAUAUUGCAUGGGAUUUGUCAGCCCUUUGCUACAAUUGCAGAUCGAUGAUUGGUGGAGAACGUCCCCUUCCCGCUUCCCGUACAUCGGGGUUUUUACCUACUUUGAUUUCGCUAUAGUAAAUAGUAACUUGAGUACUCCGUAUAUUUUUGAAAAUAGCAACAUUUUUAAAUCCCGAACCUUUGGUAAAGGCUGAUAAUUUAAUUGACGAUUUCUUUUGAAACUAAUUUCACAGAGUGACACCACUAACAUUGACGUCAAACGUUAAUAGAGUGCCACCAUUUCAGAGUUAACAAGUAAUUUCUCAGUCUUUACAAAGAUUGGCUCUUAAUUGGAUAAAAAGUAGUUUUGUUUUACAUCAAAAUUUAUCUUUUUUGUGAGUGAGAUUAAAAGUAAAUAACAAUUAUUUGUUGGAGUAAUGACUAGCGCUGUAUUCUUUGUUGGUGAAGCGUUGACUCGAUAGCUUUUACAAAAUGAACUGAAAAAAAACAUGAACAAAACAAUAAGAAUCUCUGAUAUAAACAGAAAAAUCAAAUUUUACCAUCAAUUAUUGUAUAAUUUUCAAUUUAUUUGCUAAUUUUUUUUGUUUACACGUUCAAUUAAUUGAUAAGAAAAUGACAAAAGGAUGUAUGUAUCAGUUAAUUGUUAGGUGAAAUAAUGUUUUACGUUAAUGUGAUUUAAUUGUAAGUCGUCUCAUUAAUUGUAAUAUUAAUUGAAUUAUUAAUUUAUUUGCCUCUUUAAAUGUGCCUUAAUAUUUGGUGUGCUAUUCACAAAACUUUCACUUUGCCUGAUCAAAAUCAUAUUAUUUUUGAAAAGAUCCAUGAUUGAAAAAAAAAUUGUGUGCACAAAGCAUACACAUAAGUACUAUAUGAUGACAAAACAUAGAAUAAUCUUCCAAAUGUAAAUUACAGUAUGUUUAUUAUAUACUCAUUGUGCCUUAUGUGAAUGAUAAAAAAACGUUGUUACUUCAGUUUUGUUCAAUAGCCACUCGAAUAGUUCGUAUUCCAUUUCUGCUAAAGCAAGUGCUCAUUUUAGUGCCCACGACGUUUUAGAUUAAGGCAGCACUUUCCAAUUUAAUGGGACGUAAAGAGAUGUUUAUACAGGGUGUCCCAAAACUGCAUAGUGUACUGUACAUAAAAAUUAUUCAAGGGAAACCAAAUUAAAAAAAUGUUUCUAACAAAAAUCUGUUUAGAGCACGGGUAUUGCUAAUUAUAGAAUCGAUCGAUGAAGUCGUUUAUGUUCAAUUUAAAUCAAUCAAUCGCAAGUGCAUCGUGUUAGUGUGUCGCGAUUGUAUCGCCGCUUAAGUCGUGCGUGUGUAAAGAGCUAGACUGUUAGCUACUGCAUCGCUACAGACACACUGCUAAAAGAUGCUCUAAGGUGAAUGGCAAAAUUGAGUUCUGGCAAUUUUUGUUGCCAUGAAUAGUUCACGCUACCUCAUUGGCAGCACUGUUUAGUGAUCAGUAUUCACAAUUGAACUGACCACCGGAAAUUCCGAAAUUUGAAUUUACGUUUACAGGAAGAACGAUAUAAGUACAAAUGUUGAUAUUUUUGUAUGAAUUGUAUUUGUGGACACCCUGUGGUUUUCUACGGUUGAGACAAUAAGGUUUGUGUAUAAGGUUGUUAUAUUUAUAAAUGUAGGUAGCUAGACAAUUCGCAGUAUUCAACUAUGUUAUCGUAUUGGAGUCAGACCAACGUUCAGGUUAUUCGAUUCAAAAUAUGGAUUUGUUUUAGAAUACUGAAAUACGAAAAAAUACAGAUGAUUUGUACGAGAACGUGUCACAGCAUUACCAUAUCAAUGUAACCUUAGUUGAUACCAAACGUAGUCUUGACUUCAAUUUAAGAUGGUAGGUCACUGUCCUGCUUUCAUUCACAAGCGCUAAGCACUUUUAUACAAAUUGUACUAUUUCCAACAAAAAAAUUAAUGUGCUUAUAAGCAAUCUUGGAUGAUUAUAAAAAAAGAAAUAACUUUUAUUUUGUUUUGUCAGUGUCCCAUCCCUAUAGAGAUACGUGGUAUACCACAAUUUAAAUUUGAUGCCAAGGGAUUAAUAUUAUGAUAAUAAUUGUAACUUUUUAUCCAAACAAAAACCGACCUCGAAAGAUGUGGAAUAGAUGUAAUUUGCCAAGUUGCAUUGAAAUCGGUUACCGGAAAGUGCGCAAAAUCGAUUCAUCCUCUAGUUUGCCACCCUUAGAGGUGGGAAUAUUUUUUUCAAAUUUACAUGGACCAUUACUGAGGUGGCCUUUCCAACAAAAACGUAACACUCUCUCCUUUUUUUGAAGUCGGUUAAAAAUGUUUCAGCUUCUUACAACCGAAAAAUAAUUUAUUGAUCUUGUCUUAAUUUUUUUUUAUAUUGGCGCAAAUGAAUCUCUUAACGGCUAAAAAUUAUAACAGAUUGGAUGCAAAUGUGCAAUAAACUUAUGUACGAAGUCAGGAUCGUGAUAUAGCAACUUACGAAACAUAAUAUUGUGGCUUAUUAUUUUAGAUAGACAGCAAAGAACACGAAUAAUGUUAAAAAUUUACACUUUUCGAACACAUUUUUAAUAUAAAAUUCUCUAGAUGUUAGUAUUCACUGCCAUUUUAAUUACAUUUAAUUUUAAUUAUUUAUUGAUUAUUCAAUUUUAACUAUUAUUAUUUCCAGAAUUCCUCGAACGAAUUACGUAUCUGUUGAUGUGAUUUAUCGAUGUGAUUAUUCUUCAGUAUUUUUAAUUUGAUCUUAAUUUUAAAUGUUCCAGUGUAAUAAUUCUAUAUUUUUUUAAGUGUAAUUUUGUGUGUUGUAUUAAGGAGAAUUAUUUUUUAAAUGUUAAUUUUAGCGCGCGCAAAUUAUUUUUUUAAUCCACCAUUCCGUUUUGUAGAAUUCCAUCUUUAAUUUUACCAAGACUGAAUAUCGCGUAUUUUUUAACAUAAAAUAUCGAUCAAAAAGUUUUUAUUUUUCGUAUCAAUUUAUUCUCAUUAUUUCAUGAUUAAUUUGAUGAUUGA